GAAAAACUUGCCGAUGUGUUCCAAUGCACUGUCGGAAACAUCGCCUCUGGCCAGACUGUGGUGAUCAAAAUCACAUACGUCACUGAACUUAAACACGAUGCUGAAUCUGAACAAAUACGAUUCGUCUUACCUACUGCUAUUGCCCCGAGAUAUGGUGACAAUACAUCCAUCCAGGAAUCAAUAUCUUAUUCGAGUACAACCAGCUAUCACCUUGAUCUUAACGUAACAUGCAGGAUGACUUCAUCCAUUCAGGCAAUCGAGUCUCCUUCACAUCAUAUUUCUACUGAAGUUAAUAUUGAUGGAGAUCCUAAAGUUGCAAAGAUUACCUUAGCCGAAGAUGUAACUUUUUUAGAAAAGGACUUUAUAUUGGUUGUUAAAAGUUUGGAUCUUGAUGCGCCAAGGGCGUUCGUCGAAUAUAACUCUACGACCGAAACCAAUUGUAUUAUGCUUACUUUGGUUCCAAAAUUUGCGCUUAAUGAAACUUUGGUAGAAUUAAUAUUUAUUAUAGAUAGAUCAGGUUCAAUGAAUGGAGAACCUAUUCAAAAAGCGGCUCAAACUCUUCAAUUAUUGCUUCGCUCUCUUCCAGAAGGCUGUUAUUUUAAUGUGGUAUCGUUCGGUUCUCACCAUGAUUCAUUGUUCCCGCAAAGCCAACUUUAUUCCGAGGUCACCCUUACUCGGGCUCUCGAUCAUGCAAAAUCCAUGGAAGCUAAUUAUGGCGGCACGGAAAUAUAUAAUCCACUAAAGUGGGCGUUCGAAAAUUCUAGGUUUGACAUGCAAACAUCUGUUUUCCUUCUUACUGACGGUGAAGUUUGGGACGUCGGGACAUUGGUGGAACUUAUUCGCACCAAUAUUGAGCAAAAGAAGGAUAACCUUAGAUUGUUUUCUAUUGGAAUUGGCAAUUCAGUAUCUCAUAAUCUUGUCGAAUCUGUUGCACGCGCCGGAAAAGGCUACGCUCAGUAUGUAACCAUUAGUGAGCGCAUGGAUAAGAAAAUUAUAGGUAUGCUAAAGAAUGCUAUCAAGCCUCCGGUUAAGGAUUACAAGAUUAUCUGGGCGGGGAAUGAAUCCGAAUACGAUGAUCUUGAUCAGAAGGCAGAGACAAAACAAACAAUUAGCAUCGUUGACAAAAAUCCUAGUCCCCCUCCACAGGAUCCCAUAGUUACAGAUGCCAAAACUAAACAAGCACCAUUUGUUAUUCCACCGAUUUAUUCUGGCGUUAGAUUUGUCGUUUAUUGCAUACUAGCAAAGGGCGUUAGCCCAAAUAAGGAGAUCAUGUUAACCGCACAAUCUCCGGACGGACCUAUGAAACUUAACAUUCCCUUAGACCCAGUAAUGUUGCAAGGGUCAAAGAUUCAUACACUUGCCGCCAGGAAACUUAUUCAAGAUCUCGAGGACGGUACCUCCUUUAUUCACAAGCAUCCAAAGAACAAAGGAAAGUCAAUCUCAGUUUCAGUUGUAGAAGAACAAGUAGUUUAUUUAGGAAUAACAUUUAAUUUAGCAUCGAAAUCCACGAGUUUCCUUGCAAUUGAUGAAAGUGAUAAUAAGUCAGUUGGAAAGCUGUUUCAUCCCGAGAAGAGAGAAGUGCCUAUACAAAAAUCAUUUUUUUCAGUCAGGAGUUCUCCGCGAGUAGCUUCAUUAAGAUCUAUGGCAAUAAGUUAUAGUCUGGUUGAGGAAGGGGAUUCACUCUGUAGUGACUCUUUUUCAUUUGCCAGUGCAUCAGAAGAAAAUGUUGAAGAAUCAAAAACAAAAGAUCCAGAACUCAAGCUCAACUUUAAAGAAUCAAAAAUCGAAGUACUGUACGAGUUUCUUAAAUUCCAGUCCUUUAACGGGGAAUUCAAUGGUGCAAGUUUUUAUCCGUGCUUUGAUAAGAAGGAAGCUAAAGACUUUAAAGAGAUUGGCAUUGAUAACGAAAAAAUUCUGUGCACUGCAUUAGCAAUCGAAUAUUUGGAGGUUGUGAUGUUUGAGCAAUUUAAGGAUGAGUGUGAGAUGUGUUGGGAAAAAGCUAACAAAGCACUGAGGAAAUUAGUUGAUGAAAAAAAGUUUGACGAUGUUUUGAAAAAAGCCAGAGAUUGGAUUUUAAAGUGGUCCCAGACUGCAUGUCAAGGAUUACAGGCACAUGCUUGGUUGACAAUACACGAAUUCGUGAUAAACAUUGAAUUAUUUGUAUGUGACAUCACAAUGGACAAUAAUAAAUCUUUUAAUGGAAAAACCCGGUAUACAGAUUCGUCUCGUUUAUGGAGCUCAUGGGAUUUUGAUAAAGCAAGGGGUCACCUUAUGGCCAUUCAGCGACAAGAUGGAACGGGUGAAGUUUAUCGACGAGGGAUAGUUGUGGUAAGUAAUGUAUCACGCAAAACUUAUCUUGAAUUUUGUGACGGAGAACCAAAGGUUUCUGUUAAACACCGGAUGUUUAGCUGGAAUCCUCGUGAACUCGUUGUUAUGGGCGAAACGGAUAUCAUUGUGAACACGAGAGAUGUGUAUCGUUCUGAUGCUUGUGUUAAACCGCGAAAACGUCGACAUCCACAAAGGCAGGCAGUCAGUGCAAGGGCUAACCCAACCAUGGUCAUAGAAAUUGGUAGCACAGAGAGCCUAAACAGUUUGCAUGAAUUGGCAACAGAAUAUUUUUCUCCACGCAUCAAUAUUCAAAUGUAUUUAGCCAUCAAGCUCUUUCCUCGUCGUCAAGAUCGCACAUUUGCAUUGCUCGCAUUGUUUUACAGACGUGACAAACCAAAUCCAACUGUACCUUGUAUCGCAAAGUCCUUUGGGACUGCAAAUCUUCAUAUCUCCGCAACAAGGUUUCUUUUGAAUAUUCCGAAUUUUCCGGCUAACAAUCUUACUGGCAUUUGA